AUGGCGGGCGACGUAGAGGUGUGCGGCGUCUGCUCCGACAAUUUUAUUGUUUCAGCCAAGUGCAUAAAGUGCGAUUUUUGUAAAAAGUGUUAUCAUCCAAGCUGUGUAAAUAUACGAGACUCAUGGUAUAAAUUUUUAACUGAAAAUUCAUCUUUGUUCUGGUUUUGUGAUCACUGUAAAAAUCUUUGGCGAUCAAACAAAGUUAUAGACGAAAAUCUAGUUCCAAAUGAGUGUGAAACAUUACGUAAGGAAGUUGAAUGUCUUAACCGUGAGAAGGAACUGUUAAAUAAUUUAAUAUCAGAGUUGAAAUAUUCAAAUGAAACGCAAAAGGCGCUGAUUUCAACCUACCAAAAUCGUGUUGUCGAUAAGUCGAGUGGACUAUCAUCGCCGAAUCAGCCUAGGAAUUCAUACAGUGAAGUGGCUAAAACGCAAAAAAGUGUAAAAUCAAUUCUCGUCAUAAAAAACCAAAACCAAACUGUGCCAAUUGAUGCUGUGUACGAGGAGGUGACGAAAACUUUAAAUCCAGCGAGCGUCGAGGCCCGUAUUAAUGGAACCAAGAAGAUACGAGGGGGCGUCGUUAUUGACUGUGACAGUGAAGACUCGUUGAAGAAAAUUAAAGAUGGUCUGAAUGAAAAGUUAGGUAAUAAAUACGACAUUAAUGUGCCAAAAAUGUUUAAACCUAGAUUAAUUGUUAAAGAUGUUAGAGUUUGCGACUAUACGAAUAAUGAAGAGGUUAUUAAGAAUAUUGUGGCAUUGAAUGGUAUUGGGGAAUCCGCGAUGUCUGAAAUAAAAAUAAUCACACACUUAAAGUAUUUUAAUAAAAUUAAUUUAAUUAUUGAGGUAAGCCCAAUGAUACGAAAAAUGAUGUUAGAAAAGCAAUUUAUAUUCAUAGGAUGGAAAAAAUCAUAUGUAUCGGAUUACUUGAGAAUCAUUCAAUGUUACAAAUGCUACGGUUAUGGUCACGUUGAAAAAGAGUGUAGGGGAACAUUAACAUGUUCUAAGUGUACCGAGGGUCAUAAGUUUAAUGCAUGUAAAUCUAUUAAUGAUGUUUUUAUUAAUUGUGUAAAUCAUAAUAAAAAACUCAGAAAGACUGUACCUGUGGAUCACUCCGUUAAAAGUAAAGAUUGUCCCAUAUAUUUAAAUUAUUUAUCAGUAUUAAAACAAAGAAUUGAUUAUGGUGAAAAUUUGUAA